AUGGUCAGUAUUGAAGAAAACGCCCACGACCCCUAUGCAGACGGUUUGGCAUUCACCGACCUCAGUCAGGUCUCCUCCACCUUGUCCUCCUUCUCUCCUCCACAUCCACCACCACCCAGCCCUCCGCGCGUCCAAACGCAAAACUCGAAGCCACUUUUGGCCCGUGGCCGCCGUCGGACGGAUGUGCCAACGUCAAACGUCUCAGCACCACCCGUUCCACCCGGCCUUAAUCCAGCCUUUUCCCUACACAUGCCGCUCUCCUUGUCAGGCAAGCUAAAGUCGAUUGGGGUAUCCGUCUCUGGUAGUCUUGAUGGCGUGGACCUUCAGUCGUCGGAGAACUGCAACAAUGAAAGCAAGCAAAAUAGCGCCAUUGAUGAAAGACCGGAAGAAGAAGAAGAAGGAGAAGAAGAAGAAAUUUUCGCUCGUCUGGCUGGACUCCGGCGGCGCAAUGACCUUCAGCCGUUGCAUUUGCUCACCAACUAUCCAGUCGAAACUCAGGUCUGUAAUGCCGUCGUGGGUUUGUCGAUGACAUUAGCGUUUCUAGACGUGAAUCAAUCCCAGAACUAUCGUCUGCUGUUCUUGGUGAGGGGAAGUGUAUGUGCAAAUGUUUUUCAAGCUGUAAAAGUGUCAUUUGAGAGCCAUACACUCUAG